UGACGGUAAGUACGCACUGCAGUGUACGAAGUACGCUGACGGUAGGUGCGAGCUGCAGUGUACUAACGUGUGUACUACUACUAAGUACACUGACGGUUAAGUACGAACUGCAGUGUACUAAGUACACUGACGGUAAGUACGCACUGCAGUGUACUAAGUACACACUGACGAGAAGCACGAACUGCAGUGUACUAAGUACGCUGACGAUAAGUACGCACUGCAGCGUACUAAGUAUACUGACAGUAAGUACGCACUUCUUUGUACACUGAAGGCAAGUACGAACCGCAGUGUACUAAGUACACUGACGGCGAGUACGAACUGCUUAGUACUUCGUAUUACCAUAGGACUACUGAGUACAGUGAAGGUAAGUACUAUAGAAGUACAUAGCAAGUACUAAAGGUACUCUUUAAGUAUAUCCCACGGUAAGUCCGAACUGUGUACUAAGUACCGCGUAACCGGAUACUAUAGAAGUAGAUAGCAAGUACUAAAUGUGUACUCUUUACUCUUUAACUAUCGGCAGCUUGCAAGCCCAACGUAGCAACUAAUGACAGCUUACGGCACUGAGUAGUUGACGUCAACUCGUCACUGCCACGUCCGUAGCAGUGGGCAACUGAGUACCAAGCACUGAGCACUAAGUGCUUAGCACCGACCACAAGUAGGGAGUACUACCGUCUUCACCCGAAUAGAACGCCUGGUAAUUAUCGCCGCAUCUGGGCUGAAAGUUGUGCCAAAUGCUCAGCAGUCACUGAGCAUACCGAGUGCUUAGCGCUGAGCACAAACUGGCGCGAUCAGAUCUCACAUAGCGCACCCCAGCUCCUCCAAAACGCUCCUCCCUCCUCCUCUUCUUCCUUUUUUCUUCUAUUUGCGUGUUUGAUCCCGUUUAUAUCCGCGUCGAUAAGACAAAUCUAGUCGAACUGCCACCAUCAGAUCUCGCUCAGUGCACCCCUCCUCCUCCUCCGCCUCGCUAGAUACAUUGGGACCUCACUCUUCCUCCUCCCGUCCUUGCGCCUUCCUCUCUCUGCCACCGUCAUCUCGCUUAGCGCACCCCGCCUCCUCCUUUCCCGCCCCCCUCUUCCUCCUCCUCCUCUUUCUUCUCCUCCUUCUCCGCCUCCUCUUUUUCGGACACUUCCUCUUCCUGCUUUGUUCCUCUCCCUGCCACCGUCAUCUUGCUUCUCCUUCCUCUUCCUCUCCCUCCUCCUCCUCCUCCUCCUCCUGUUACUUCUUCUCCUCCGUCUCCGCCUCUUUCUCCUCCUCCUCCUCCGGACCUCUCUCUUCCUCCUUUCUUCCUUGCGUCUUCCUCCGUCUGCCACCGUCAUCUCGCUUAACGCAUUCCUCCUCCUUCCUCUUCCUCCGCCUCCUCCUCCUCCUCCCCCCUCCUCGUCCUCCUACUCCUACUUCUUCUCCUCCGUCUCCGCCUCUUUCUCCUCCUCCUCCUCCGGACUUCUCUCUUCCUUUUCCCUUCCUCCUCUCUUCUUUGCGUCUUCCUCCCUCUGCCACAGUCAUCUCCCUCAGCGCACUCCUCCUCCGCCUCCCUCUUCCUUCUCCUCCUCCUCCUCCUCGUCCCUAGAUUUUCCCCCUCUCUCUCUCCACUUUUUCUGUCAUAUCACCAGCCACUGCUCCUUCCUCGACUCGAUUUGAAGCGCAAAACCAAAUAAAACCACGCACAACAAACCCAAAAAAAAUACACACCAAAAACAAACAAACAAACAAACAAACAAACAAACAAGCAAACAAACAAACAAACAAACAAACAAACAAACAAUGGAAGGCGCAGGCCCAGAACGGAGAUUGCGAAUCUGCGUGCUGCAGUCGUCGUACGACGAGUCCACCUCGCCCUGCAAGACUCUGGAUCCCGACGCUUGUCCCGCUCUCUGGCUGGAACCUUAUCACACCGUCGACACGGUGCAUAUCUUGAAAUCCACGGCUGUGAAACAGAUUCUAGAACUUUCCAAGGAGUCGUACGAUGUGUUCAUUAAUCUUUGCGAUGGCGCUUGGGACGAGGACCGCGCUGGGGUGGAGGUCAUUCAGGCGCUUGAGCGUCUGGAUCUGCCGUACACUGGCGCCGACCUGCAGAGCUACGAACCUACCAAGGAGACGAUGAAGAUGGUGGCUCUGUACAGCGGGGUGUUAACGGCUCCUUUUCGAAUUUGCAGAGACAUGGGGGCUGUGGAGGACGCCGGGAAAGAACUAGCUUUUCCGAUGAUCGUGAAGCACUACAACGGCUACAACAGUGUGGGUAUGACGAAGGCCUCGAAGUGCAUGAACUUGAAGGAGCUUCGGUGCCAGGCUGAGAAGAUGAUCCAAGAGUUUGGAGGGGCCAUGAUUGAAGAAUUUGUUGACGGCAAAGAAUAUACCGUGCUGGUGGCAGAGAACCCUGAUGACCCGGCCAACCCGAUCGCAUUUCGGCCUGUCGAGUGCAUAUUUCCGGAGGGGGAGACCUUCAAACACUUCGACCUUAAAUGGAUUGAUCAUGAGGGGAUUCAAUGGGUUCCUGUGGAAAACGAAGAUAUCGACAGACGGCUCAGGGAGGUGGCACAGAAGGUGUUUGCUGCACUGAAUGCAACCGGCUAUGGACGGCUGGAUGUGCGGGGAGACAAGGAUGACAAUCUGUACUUGCUUGAGAUAAACCCUAACUGUGGUGUUUUCUACCCCCCAGAUGCAAUGGGAAGCGCAGACUUCAUUUUGAGUUUAGACCCAUCGACAGAUCACAGUCAGUUUGCACGGCACAUCAUCAGAUGUGCUCUUGUACGACAGCGAGACAAGGUUUGGAAAAAGAAGAUAUCCCCUCAAUACAACAAGGCCAAGCAUUGGUUUGGGAUGUAUGCAUUGCGAGACAUAGCUGAGGGUGAGAUUGUGGAUGAAAACGAGGGAAAGCCACAUUGUAUUGUGAGUAGAGAGCAUGCGAUGGGUAACUGGAGUGAGGAUGAGAAGGAUUGGUUCCAGCGAUACGCAUAUCCAUUGGGCUAUGACAUCUGGGUAACCUGGAGCAAAGUACCGGAGGAGUGGAAACCUCUGAACCACUCCUGUGAUCCUAACACGUGGCUUGUUGGGCUGAACACCGUAGCCCGGAGGCCAAUAAAGAGAGGGGAAGAAAUCACGAUCGACUACGCAACAUUUUCUGUCAAUUGUGCUGAAUUUGUGUGUUCUUGUGGAGCAGCAUGCUGCCGUGGUGUAAUCACAGGUGCCGAUUACCUAGCUCCUUGGUUGGAGUCCAAAUAUGCAAAUCACAUUUCGUCUUGUGUCCAAAAGCUCCGCCAAAAGGCCGGCGUAUGCCUGGCAUACAGGCAACAGCAACAACAGCAGCAGCAGCAGCAGCAGCAGCAGCACCCAGUGGGAGGCUCUGAUCAUGGCAAGGUGGAGCCAACCUUAAUAUUAAAGCCUGAGGCUAAAAUGCCAGCCCAUAGCCAACCACUGAAGGGAGAGUUUUUUGACAACGUUGACGAUUCACUGCAAGUCAGCAUGUGAAACAACUAGUCCACGAUCGACGACCCUGAACGGGAAUUUUCCACAUCGCCAGUGGCAAGACCCCACUUGCCAGGAUUCUUCGUCUCUUGUCAAUGGCCAGAGCUAGACAUCGAGCUGGAUAUGGAGAACAGCCGUCGGUCGGACCUCGUCCCCGGAAUUCUCUCCCAAAUCCCCCUCUCACCUUGAAACCUUGCAUAUUAGGGCACUACUUGUGGAUGGUGUUGCCCUUAGGGAGAGCCGCACAAAGCCAUAACAACUCAUCAUCCUAUGCUGUGGUGUUUGGUGCAACAAGCCCUGGGACCGUGACAGACCAAGAUGCUGUGGUAUUUGGUGCAGCAGCCCUUGGGAUCCCGAAAUGCCAGCAUGUUCACCAUUGACCAGGAGCUUAAACCACCAGAACAUGCCAGCCAUCGGCCGCGGGCCCCUUUCGGAGGCCGCCCACCGUUGAUAUACUUUAGCGAUGGCGUGUGAACCUCCUAAAUUUUAGGAGAGGGCCGAAAGGCUGAAUUGGACUCUUAACUUGACUGGGGCCAUGUACUGGUGCCCUAAGUGACAGUUCU